ACAACUGCUGUCAACUGUCAUUCAUCCACCAUCCUUCUUUUUAAAAACACUGCACGUGUUAUUAUUUUGUGAAAAUGGAAAUGUCUGAAAAGAAAAUUAAAUAUUUGGUAGCAGAUACAACGGCAUUUAUUAAUGUUGUCCAAUUACAUGAAUACGCCGAAAAUAUUCUCACAGUUCCCGAUGUUAUUGAAGAAGUCAAACACAAACGACAAAUACGUCGUUUGGUUGUUUUGCCAUUUGAUCUACAAAUUCGUGAACCUCAUUCCGAAUGUCUUAAAUUCGUAACAGAAUUUUCAAAGAAAACUGGAGACUAUGCCAGUUUAUCGGCAAUCGAUUUGAAAAUAAUUGCUCUAACUUAUGAAUUAGAAAAAGAACAUGUUGGUUCCGAUCACAUCAAAACACAACAUUGCAUUUCCAGAGUUGUUGCUUCUAAAAAGAAACCAGAAGAGCUUAUAGGCAAUACUAAAUUGGCUGGAUUCUAUGUUCCGAAAAAAGGUGUUCGAGCAGACGGAAGCCCAGAAACUGAUGAAAGUGAAAGCGAAUCAGAAUCCGAAGAGCAUUUACUUGAAAGUGAACAAUCUAAUGUGGAAUCGGAAGAAAAACCUGUAAGCACAGAGCAAACUAAAAACACAGAAAAAGUAGAACCGAAGAAUGCUCCAACCGAAAAAGAAUGUCACGAUGCAAAUGAAAACGACGAUUAUACCGAAGAAGAAUUAGAAAAAUCGUUUGCAAAUCUGAACUGCGAUUCAGAGAACGCUACUGACAUUCUAGCUCCUACCAACGUUCCAGAAGUUGAUUGUUCAUCCGAAGACGAAGAUGAACAAAGUGAGGAAAAUGAAGAAUUUGGUGCUGAAGAUGGCGACGACUACAAUGAUGAUAGUGGUUGGAUAACUCCAUCAAAUAUCAAAAAAGUAAAGAAAGAUCUUGAGGGUAAAAUCGAAGAUGAAGUUAUUCCAGUUGUUGCUUGCAUGUCAACAGAUUUUGCUAUUCAGAAUGUCCUCAAACAAAUGAACCUCAAUGUUUCUGCCUUGAAUGGCCGUGUGAUUAAACACGUUCGAACAUACAUUUUGCGUUGUUAUACUUGUUUCAAAACAACCAGUGUCAUGACAAAGGUUUUCUGUCCCAUUUGUGGCAAUAAGACUUUAAAGAAAGUCGCAGUUAGUUUGGAUGAAAAUGGACAACAAGUCAUUCAUAUCAACACAAGAAGACCUCUUACUGCAAAAUACAAAAACCAAAGUUUGCCACGAUUCAAGGGUGGCAAGCAUUCACGUAAUCCACUUCUCUUUGAAGAUCAACCAAUGCCCAGACAGAUGCCAUCACGUGUGGCCAAAACAAAAACCACUGCCUUGAAUGAAGACUACACAGCUGGGUAUUCUCCUUUCGUUAUGCGUGAUGUUGAUUCCAAGUCUGCCGUUUUGCGAUCACAGGGAAAUCUUAAAGAAUGGGCACGUAACAAUAAUUUCGAGGAAGACAGACGUCGGAAGCAUUAUAAUAGAUUGGUUAAAUAAAAUGGUUUAUUAUAUUUCUAGUAAAUAUUAUAACAUGAAUGUGAUUUUCUACUAGAAUCAAGUUGUACUUUGUUGUACAUCUUGGGUUCAAUUGAAUGAAUUAAUAAAAGGAGAUGAUUUUAUUGUCCAGCGAACUAA